AGUACAGACUAGAAUAGAUUUGCCACUGGCUAAAGAAGAUUUGCUGUAUCUACAGCUACCAAAAUAUCCAUCUCUUAGUCUCAGACUCUGGAGGAGCGGAGGAGCUCUGAACUUUGAUGCACUUGUGAACACAUCUGUUGGAGCCAUGAUGUGGCCAUUCAUCUUCAGCUGCUUAAUUGCAUGCACAGGAAAGCUUGUGAGCACUUCAUGUUCAUUAGAAUUUAGCCCUCCUAGAGUUGUGGUGAGAUUUGGAGACUCCUUAUCAGCCAACUGCACCUCAUCAUCUGACCAGACAGAAGGAAUAGGAUGGGAGUCUCCAUAUGGAGGAGUGGACCUUACCCUGGGUGUUUCUUCUCUUCUCUUUAAAAUUGACUCUGUGCCAGAGUGGGACACAGGGCCAAUGUGUUAUAUGAAUUCCUGUGAUGGUGAUCAGUGUGUAAAAGUGUUACCAGUCACUGUUUAUAAAAUGCCAGACAGUGUGUCUUUGAAGAAUUUACGUACAGUGGAAGAAGGCCAACAGUUUGCCAUACAGUGUGACAUUGUUAAUGUUGCACCAGCAAGAAAUCUCUCUGUGCUUUGGCACAAAGGAAAGAAGAUCUUGUCUUCUCAGACAUUUGAUGAGUCCAGUCCAUCUCCCGUCAGUAAGUCAUCUGUCCUCACUCUGACUGCUCAUAGAGAUGAUGAUGGAGCUGAGAUCUGGUGUGAAGCAAAACUGAACUUGUGGCCACAGGAACAAGGUCCUCCUCCAGUGCGUUCAGAGGCGCAUACUCUGACUGUACUCUACCCACCAACCUUUAUCAGUGCUUCAGAUGAGACUCUGGACUUUCCAGCUGGUAAAAGUAUGACUUUAAAUUGCAAUGCUACAGGAAACCCUUUGCCAUCAUACCACUGGCAAUUCCUACAAGCAGCACAAGAGACGCACAAGAAUCAAAAUGAGAAUUAUCCAGUUUUGACUCGACCAUUUGAGUUUCCAGGAAUCUAUACCUGCACCGCCUCAAACACCCAGGGCACUGUGACCAAAAACUUCACAGUCAGCGAAUCUCCAUACCCACCAGCCUUCAUCGAUCCUUUAAAUGAGACUCUUGAACUUUCAGCUGGUGAAAAAAUGACUUUAAAUUGCAAUGCUACAGGAAACCCUUUGCCAUCAUACCACUGGCAAUUCCUACAAGCAGCACAAGAGACGCACAAGAAUCAAAAUGAGAAUUAUCCAGUUUUGACUCGACCAUUUAAGUUUCCAGGAAUCUAUACCUGCACCGCCUCAAACACACAGGGCACUGUGACCAAAUAUUUCACAGUCAGCGAAUCUCCAUACCCACCAGCCUUCAUCGAUCCUUUAAAUGAGACUCUUGAACUUUCAGCUGGUGAAAAAAUGACUUUAAAUUGCAAUGCUACAGGAAACCCUUUGCCAUCAUACCACUGGCAAUUUCCACAAGCAGCACAAGAGACGUACAAGAAUCAAAAUGAGAAUUAUCCAGUUUUGACUCAACCAUUUAAGUUUCCAGGAAUCUAUACCUGCACCGCCUCAAACACACAGGGCACUGUGACCAAAUAUUUCACAGUCAGCGAAUCUCCAUACCCACCAGCCUUCAUCAAUCCUUUAAAUGAGACUCUUGAACUUUCAGUUGGUGAAAAAAUGACUUUAAAUUGCAAUGCUACAGGAAAUCCUUUGCCAUCAUACCACUGGCAAUUCCCACAAGCAGCACAAGAGACAUACAAGAAUCAAGAUGUGAAUCAUCCUAUUGUGACUCGACCAUUUGAGUUUCCAGGGGUCUAUACCUGCACCGCCUCAAACACCCAGGGCACUGUGACCAAAUACUUCACAGUCAGCGAGUCUCCAUACCCACCAGCCUUCAUCAAUCCUUUAAAUGAGACUCUUGAACUUUCAGCUGGUGAAAAAAUGUCUUUAAAUUGCAAUGCUACAGGAAACCCUUUGCCAUCAUACCACUGGCAAUUCCCACAAGCAGCACAAGAGACGUACAAGAAUCAAGAUGUGAAUCAUCCUAUUGUGACUCGACCAUUUGAGUUUCCAGGGGUCUAUACCUGCACCGCCUCAAACACCCAGGGCACUGUGACCAAAUACUUCACAGUCAGCAAACCUCCAGGUAUUGGUUCCGGGGUCAUUGCUGGGAUCGCUGUAUUCGUUGUACUUGUUGUUCUCCUUUUUGGGGCAUUGAUGUAUUACAAAUAUGCGCUCCGAAAACGCUGAGAGAUAAUGUAUUUUUAAAGUCAAAGAAUUUGCUGUGCCAGGUUUAAAUCCUCAAAGUUUCUCAGCUACAUUCUUAAAUUUAUUAAAAACAUGAAGACUAGUAACAUUCAAAUAGCAUGUUUUGUUUUAGCAAUUUGUACACUUUGAUUUAGUUUUUAUAGAAACAUGAUUGUACUUAUCAAUUGUGAUUUCUGUAUUUUUUUCUUUCAAUGUUUUAGUGUUUUGCUUUUUUGACACCAUUAUAAUUACUCAAUAAAAAUGUUCUUUUCAAAUACAGGCUUCAUUUGUUGAGAUCACAGAGAUUCACCGUGUAGUAUUAGUACUGUACAUUAUCAGUAUUAGUAUGUCCUCACUAAUGCACACUAGUUUUCAGGUAUGAUCUCCUGAAAACAAGAUUAGUAACUUUUUACAGCAUUGCUCACUUGCCACAUGUUGUCUUUUCUCAAUUUAUUUUGGAUCUGAAAUCCAGUUUUACAAGUGUGCACACAUUAAAUCAAAAAUAAAGUUGAUAAUAAGUGUCA